CGGCUAUGCCUCGCGGGACGGUGGCUAUGGAGGCGGCGGCGGUUGAUGGUUGACCGUUGGCUCCGGGGUUGGGGUCGCCGCUCGGGCGAUUCGUUCAGACCGGAUCAGAGUGUGUGUGCGGCUGACGCUCGGCCUGGAGCCCGCGAGAGAGACCUAGCUCGGCUCCGCCAUGCCGGCCGGGAGUAACGAGCCGGACGGCGUCCUCCGCUAUCAGAGACCAGAUGAAGAAGCUGUGGUGGAUCAGGGUGGGACCAGUACGAUUCUCAACAUUCACUAUGAGAAAGAAGAAUUGGAAGGUCAUAGAACUCUGUAUGUGGGGGUUCGGAUGCCACUGGGCCGGCAGAGCCAUCGGCACCACCGAACCCAUGGCCAGAAGCACCGGAGACGAGGCCGGGGCAAAGGGGCCAGCCAGGGGGAGGAAGGCCCUGAGGCCUUGGCCCACGGUAACCCUCUCGGGAGAGAGGACACACCAUCUCAGCGUGUGCAGUUCAUUCUUGGCACCGAGGAAGAUGAAGAGCAUGUGCCCCACGAGCUGUUCACAGAGCUGGAUGAGAUCUGUAUGAAAGAGGGAGAAGAUGCCGAGUGGAAGGAGACAGCCAGGUGGCUGAAGUUUGAAGAAGAUGUGGAGGAUGGAGGAGAGCGCUGGAGCAAGCCUUACGUGGCCACCCUCUCACUGCACAGUCUCUUUGAACUAAGGAGCUGCCUUAUUAAUGGAACGGUCCUUCUGGAUAUGCAUGCAAAUAGCAUAGAAGAAAUUUCAGACCUGGUUCUGGACCAGCAGGAACUGUUCAGUGACCUGAAUGACAGCGUGAGGGUUAAAGUACGGGAAGCUCUUCUCAAAAAGCAUCAUCAUCAGAAUGAAAAGAAGAGAAAUAACCUCAUUCCCAUUGUUCGCUCCUUUGCUGAGGUUGGGAAGAAGCAAUCUGAUCCCCAUUCGAUGGAUAAAAAUGGUCAAACUCUGUCUCCUCAGUCUGUUCCAACUACAAAUCUUGAAGUGAAAAAUGGAGUGAAUUGUGACCACAGCCCUGUGGAUUUAAGUAAGGUGGACCUUCACUUUAUGAAAAAAAUUCCCACGGGGGCAGAGGCUUCAAACGUCCUGGUUGGCGAGGUGGAUACCCUGGACCGCCCCAUCGUUGCCUUCGUGAGGCUGUCUCCAGCUGUUCUUCUCUCAGGCCUGACAGAAGUCCCCAUCCCAACAAGGUUUUUGUUUAUCUUGUUGGGUCCAGUAGGGAAAGGUCAGCAGUACCAUGAGAUUGGCAGAUCCAUGGCCACCAUCAUGACAGACGAGAUUUUUCACGACGUGGCAUAUAAGGCAAAAGAGCGAGACGAUCUCCUGGCGGGGAUUGAUGAGUUCCUAGACCAGGUGACGGUGCUGCCUCCAGGGGAGUGGGACCCCUCCAUUAGAAUUGAGCCACCCAAAAACGUCCCUUCCCAGGAGAAAAGGAAAAUGCCUGGAGUUCCAAAUGGAAACAUUUGCCACAUAGAACCAGAACCACAUGGGGGCCACAGCGGGCCAGAACUUCAACGCACCGGGCGGCUGUUUGGGGGCUUGGUGCUGGACAUCAAGCGAAAGGCCCCCUGGUACUGGAGCGAUUACCGGGAUGCACUCAGUUUACAGUGUUUGGCCUCCUUUCUGUUCCUGUACUGUGCCUGCAUGUCACCUGUCAUCACCUUUGGGGGAUUGCUCGGCGAAGCCACCGAGGGACGCAUAAGUGCCAUUGAAUCCUUGUUCGGAGCCUCCAUGACUGGGAUUGCCUAUUCUUUGUUUGCGGGGCAGGCUCUCACCAUCCUAGGAAGUACUGGGCCAGUGCUUGUGUUUGAAAAGAUUUUGUUCAAAUUCUGCAAAGACUACGCUCUUUCAUACCUCUCCUUGCGAGCUUGUAUCGGGCUGUGGACCGCCUUCCUGUGUAUCGUCCUUGUAGCAACUGAUGCCAGUUCCCUUGUCUGCUACAUUACCCGCUUUACUGAAGAAGCGUUCGCCUCCCUGAUUUGCAUUAUUUUCAUCUAUGAAGCAAUAGAAAAGUUGAUUCACCUGGCAGAGACCUAUCCCAUCCACAUGCACAGCCAGCUGGAUCACCUGAGCCUGUAUUACUGCAGGUGUACUCUCCCAGAGAAUCCAAACAAUCACACACUACAGUACUGGAAGGAACACAACAUCGUGACAGCAGAAGUCCACUGGGCUAACCUGACUGUUACUGAAUGCCAGCAGAUGCACGGCGAGUUCCUGGGAUCUGCGUGUGGCCAUCACGGACCCUAUACUCCUGACGUGCUCUUUUGGUCCUGCAUUCUCUUCUUCACCACCUUCAUCCUCUCGAGCACCUUAAAGACAUUUAAGACAAGCCGCUAUUUCCCAACCAGAGUACGCUCCAUGGUGAGUGACUUUGCCGUUUUCCUCACAAUCUUCACAAUGGUGAUUAUUGAUUUUUUGAUUGGAGUCCCAUCCCCAAAGCUUCAAGUUCCCAGUGUGUUCAAGCCAACAAGGGAUGAUCGAGGGUGGAUCAUCAGUCCUAUUGGUCCCAAUCCCUGGUGGACUGUGAUAGCUGCAAUUAUCCCGGCUCUUCUCUGCACGAUCUUAAUAUUCAUGGACCAGCAGAUCACAGCUGUCAUCAUUAACAGGAAGGAACACAAGCUCAAGAAAGGUUGUGGCUACCACCUGGACCUGCUGAUGGUGGCCGUCAUGCUGGGCGUCUGCUCCAUCAUGGGCCUGCCCUGGUUUGUGGCUGCCACUGUCCUGUCCAUCACACAUGUGAACAGCCUCAAGCUGGAGUCGGAGUGCUCUGCUCCUGGAGAACAGCCCAAAUUCUUGGGCAUUCGAGAACAGAGAGUGACCGGCCUUAUGAUCUUUGUGCUGAUGGGCUGCUCAGUCUUCAUGACGACCAUAUUAAAGUUCAUCCCGAUGCCGGUUCUCUACGGAGUCUUCCUCUACAUGGGAGUCUCUUCCCUCCAGGGAAUUCAGUUCUUUGAUCGUCUGAAGCUCUUUGGGAUGCCUGCAAAGCACCAGCCAGAUUUCAUCUACCUGCGGCACGUGCCGCUGCGCAAAGUCCAUCUCUUCACCCUCAUCCAGCUGACCUGCCUGGUCCUGCUCUGGGUCAUCAAGGCGUCUCCAGCCGCUAUUGUCUUUCCAAUGAUGGUUUUGGCCUUGGUCUUUGUCAGGAAAGUCAUGGAUCUCUGUUUCUCUAAGCGAGAGCUGAGCUGGUUAGAUGAUCUCAUGCCUGAAAGCAAAAAGAAGAAGUUGGAUGAUGCCAAAAAGAAGGCCAAGGAGGAAGAGGAGGCUGAGAAAAUGUUAGAAAUGGGAGGAGACAAGUUCUCCUUAGAGAGCAGGAAGUUACUAAGCAGUCCUGGAAAGAGCAACAGUUUCAGAUGUGACCCCUCUGAGAUUAAUAUAUCUGAUGAAAUGCCUAAAACCACAGUCUGGAAAGCGCUCAGUAUGAAUUCUGGAAAUACAAAGGAAAAGAGUCUCUUCAACUAAAAGUCUUUGCUCCGAUGGAAGAUUUCGGCUAUGAGGUGCCUCAGGGAAGUUCUGGUCACAGAGAAGAUGGUGAAUCUCUCAGAGAAGAAGCAAGACCAAGCCUGGCCCUGUCCAUGGUCACAUAAAAGCCAUGCCAAAGCAUUCAGUUUUUCAUGGUAUGAGUUGGAAGGCAUGCAGCUAUCCCCAUACCAGCAGCCAGUCACCAGACGUGAAUGUGGAAGCAGAAGACCACCUCCUGCUGGUACUUCUCCUCUUCCUUCUCUUUCUCUUCAAACUGCCACCAUUGAAGACCCAUUUUCCAGACAUUUUCUCUGAAACUGUCUGCUGUCCUGCCAAGCCAUAUGGAUCCAUUCUGCCACUGAGGAUUCCUCCAACGAGGUCCCUGUUUCUAAAGGAUGGGGUAGGGGAGUAGGAGCAGAGCAGAGAGAAAAAGGAAGGCUCUCAGGCCCACAGCAGCUGUGGGCCUGCUCUGGGAGAUGCUGGUCAGACCCAGAGGCUGUCAGGAGGCUCUGCUACGAGGAGGGUCAGCGAGCUGGGCAUUGGCAGUGCCCACCACUGCAGCCAGAAGACGCCUCUGACCCGGUGCAUCUUCCCCGUUCCUUAGCAGCAGUCUGCAUAACUCAGCAAGAACCUUGGAUGAUGCAAGGGCCGAGAGGGAUAUGGAGUUACUUAGCUGAGACAGGAAAAGGCUCGGGGGGAAUCAAUAAUUUAAGUGAGGAUGAGUAGCUGCUGUUAGUUUCAUUGAGGAUAGAGUAAGAGAAUCAACUUAAAUUGCUACAGAAGAAAUUAGCUUAGACAUUAGGAAGGACUUCUAGGCUGAAAAUUUGUCAUAGUGUCUGCUUUGCAGACACCUGGGAAAGGUUUGAUGAUAGUUGUUUGUGAGUAGAAGAGGAAAUAAGUGGUUUUUAUUGGCCAUGUUGUGGACACAUCCAUGUCUGCUGCUGUCUCCUGAGGACACAUUUCAUUCCAUUCCUGGAGAGAUCCGAGUGCUUACGUAAUGUUUCCUUAGCUGCCUUAGUAGGAACCAUCAUCAACUCAAUGGCCCAAAGCCACCUUCAGCUGUGUGGUUUCUUCAUCAUCAGGAUUUCUGUUGGUUGACAAAUGUUCUGGCUCUCAGAUGUAAAAAGCCACACUGGGAAAUGAACUGUAAGUGGUGAAAUUAAUUUUGGUAUUUAGUUUACAGCUAUAUUUAUAGUUUUUCUCUUCUCUGUUGCAUUGAAUAUCAAGGGUUUGGGCUCCAGUGCGUAUAGACUUUCCCUUUCUUUGUGCACAGAAUGUGACUAGCAAGCAUGUCGGCACCCAGAGAAUCCGAUCACAUUAGUUUUCCAUCCUGGAAAAUCUUUGUAUAGUGGGACAUUCCCCCCGUAUGCUCUCCUUUCAUAGGUGAAGAGUUGGCUAUAUAACAUUACUGAAUUUUGCAUUCCUGAGACUCUUAAAAUAUGUUAGUGUAUUCUAGGCUCACUCUCAGGACCUUGGAUAGUGAGAAGGAAUCCUGCAUUUCUUUCGUAUUUCCCUUCUCUUAGAGCCACAAUUAUUUUAAUACACAGAUGAUUUUCAACAUAUCUAACAACUGGAACUGGCUGGACACCAUCCACUCAGAACGGAUGCCUGCUGUAAACAAGCAGUGUGUGUAUGGCCUAUUGGCUGAACGUCAAGCUGCUGUCAAAUAUGGAAAUGAUAUCCCUUUGAAUUGUAGGUAUCGUGCCUGGUUUGUCUGAUUUCUACUCACAAGGCUGUUUGAGGGACAGCCUCGGCUUCCUUUCAUAUGGUGCAGACAGGAACAGGUAUUCUUCUUUGAACCAUAUGGGCGUUAAAAUCUUUGUGAGCCACAGCUUCACAUUUUGUCACUUUAGGAUAAAUGUAAUAGUUGUACCCAUUUACCUACCUAAUCUAGAAAAAUCAAAAGGCUCCCUGUCCAUGGGGAAGGCGUUCGUGCUAGCUUUCCCUGUCCCUCUCUGGCUGCUCCCUUGAACUCGCCUCCUUUUUCACCUUUGUUUCUUGAAAACACCCUUGCUUCCUUACUCCGUUGUGCCCCCCACCUUCUCCUGCCACCUCUGCAUAGGGAGGCUGGUGAUUGCUUUACCUGUAAUAGGGACGAGCCCAUCGUGCAACAAAACGCGGUGACAAUAUCGCUCAGAAAAGUCUCUCUCCUGCUACGCUGAUGUCUUGUGAUGCCUGUGUCUGCUGGGCUUCUUGAGAGUAGGGACCUGUCUUCGUGAACUCUGUGUAGUGCAGUUACAGGACCGCAGGUGUGCUUUCGAGUCCUUCCCGAGCCAGACUCUCCCAGGUGCCUGCGCCUUGGGAAUGUUAGCUGUUUUCAAAGGCUGUGCCAAUCUUUUUAGGCCUUUAGAUUUUCCUCCAACAAUAGCCAGCCUCAUUUCUGCUACAUCUCAAUGGCCGGAAUCAUUCCCUCUUCUUACUCUUUCCGAACUCCCACCAAACACUCAACCCCAGUCCUGGCUGCUUCCUGGCUCAGGUCUGUGGCUGGUGACCGUGGUGGCCGAUUCAAGCUGGCCUGCCUUAGGGCUAGGAAACUUGGAGUGGAGGUGAAGCAGCAGCAGCGUGUGUAUAUGUAUGUGCACAGGCACGUGUGUUUAUCGACAAGUGAACGUGUCUGCAUAAGAUUUCAUUGCUGCUAUUAAACAGCCUGUGCACCUAAGCUGUGGGACAUAAAAAGCAAUAUGAUCAUUCUCCCUUCUCAGACUUCUCUAACAGAAUAGCUUGAGGACAAAUAUAGGCUGAUUAGUCAAUAGAAAAAAAGUGUUUAAGAUCAACAUUAAGCAGUAAUGGAGUUAGGCGAAGAAAGCAAGCCAGGUGUUUAGGCGAUUUCCAUGCCCAGGUUUGGUUGGGCCAAAUAAGCAGUCCAAGGGGUGAUUUCAGGAAGAGUUGGGGGCAGCAGGCCAGUGUCCUGAUGGGCUGGCUGUAUAGCGGUAGGAAGGCAGGGGAGCCGGGGAUUUCAGAAAGGAAUGAUGAGCGGAAGGGUGGUUCUAAGGGGAAGAGCUGGCAUUGCUAAGAGGGUGCGCUACUUCCUAGUCCAUGACUUCUAGGGAGGGGUUGGUCUAGACAGAAGGUGAAGACCAGCAGAAAUAUGCUGUGAAAUUGCCCAAUAUGUUUGGCUGCAUUAAAUGUAGGCUAGCUCUUUGUGGCUGUGUAGGAUUUCAAAUUUCUGAUGAUGGGACGAUCAGGAGAUCCGGUCUUUCCCACAUAACAGCUCCUAUCCCCAUCUCCUUGUUCAGAUAAAUUGGUUUUCAGGAUAGGGGGGUAGUGAACCAUAUAUUUCCAAAAGACAGUGUGAACAUUUGCUAUUUCUCUUUGUCUGGGAUGUGACUGGCUUUUAAAUUAGUCAUCAAUGUUUGAUAAGAAUCUAGGAUAUGCUAGUCUCAGGCUCGGUUGACGUCUCAGGCUGUCUGACCACUGUGACCUUCAAUGGGUCUCUGGUUCUCGGAAGCUGUAGUUCCUGGUCAUCCAAAACAGACAAUCCCAGGGCUGCUUUGUACCUACUCAACUCUCCAGACUUCACUUUCAGUGGAGGAGCCAGCAGUUCUCCCUGCAUCGUCUCUAUUGAUUUCAAUGUCCAUGUUUUGAAUCUCCACGUUUUCCUGAAGCCUAGGAGAAAGCUCGACCCCAGGUCCCCUGCUCGCCUUUUAAAUGGCAUCACAAGCACCAUCCAGUAUGUUCUAUCUUCUCAUUUAAUCGGCUUCUUUAAAUUUCCUCUUUUGCAGGAGAGUGGCACCUCCUCUUAGAACUCUAAGCAGGCUUGGCUUGUUUGUUACUGCAUUUUCCUUGGACUUCUCAGGUUUCCAAGCCACAUCCUGGCAGGACAUUCAGGAGCCCUGUGUUGCAUGUUCACAGCCUCCUUUUCCUUUUUUCGGGUGUAGCUGUUGGGCUCCCCUAAGGUAGAAAUCCUUCUUGCAGGCCCUGGCUGAUCAAACGAAACACUGUCCAAGUUCCACUGCCUUUGACUGACUCAGCUCUUUCAAGCACCCUUUACUCUUCUAUCUUUUCCUCAGUCUUUCAAGUUCUCAUUGGAGGGAAGAAGUUUUUGGUCAGAGGUCUUAAAAACCACCAACACUUGGGGGUGGUGAGAGACGUGAGGAGGUUAACGGUUCUGGGGCAAAGAGGACUUUAUGGUUAUUUUUGUCACUUAGGCUGAGGGACUAAGGAUUGUCAAGCUCUCAGGCUCAUCCAUGUUUCGGUAAACAGAAAAAGACAUUCUGAAACCAAACUGAGGUAAUUUUUCUACCAAAUCUAUUCUUUAUGGUUCUUGGUACCCUUGGUCUCUUUAUGUGAAUUAUAGAGAAUGGGCAGUUGACUCAGUUAAUAUUUCUUUAUGAGAAAGCAGGCUAAUUUUCAUAACCAAAAGAGGUGUGAAGUAACUGUCACUGCUUGAAACAUGAAAAGAGGAAAGGAGUAUUAUGUGAAUCUUUUCAAUAGGGAAAUCCAGAAAGUGGAAUGAUUCAUGCAUACAUAGGCAGAAGUCUUUUAGGAAAUUCUGUGCUCAAAGGGAAUGGAAUGGUUUCUAAUCCUUCUGAAAAGAAAAGGAAUGGCAUUUUCCUUAAACCUAACCCAAUUUCAGCACUGGAGAACACAGAGCUUUUUUAUUCUAGCUGAUGGCACUAAUAUUUCCUGAGAGAGAGAAAUCCCACCCACGGCACUUUUCUGAGCCCAGCAGAAAUCAGCAGAGCUUGGGCUUCUCUGAACAGGUUUGCACUUGACUCCAACAUGCAGGUUUUUCACAUGUGCAAUAAUGUUGGAAGCAGAAGUACCAAACUGAAUGUGCAAUUACUCCUUUUGCAAAAGAGGCCAAAAUCCUCCCCACUCUUCUCCCAUAUUCGCUUCUCCAAGAUGAAAGCCUCCCUCUUGUUUCUCUGUCUGUCUGAUUAGUUAGAUACGGCUGCCCUCCCAAGCUAAUGGUGUCUGGUGGAGAGCCGAGCAACCUUCCCAUGGGAGGGGACAACUUGAGGUGCUGGUACAUUUCCCUUGUUUUCUAUGUGCUUCUUUCUAGUAGGUCUCAUGUAGACAUAGAGAUAUUUUAGUUUUACAGAUUCCAAAGUAUAUAUUUUUAGUGCAAGAAAUGUACCCUCUCCACAAUCCAUGGUGUACAUAGAACCAAGAACAAUGUGUUGUGAUAACCCCUUAGCAAUCUGUGGUAGGACUAGGACCCCUCGCCCUUACCACCAAGUUCACGGUCUGUCUGUGAACCAGGGGAGGUGGUUGUGAUACCUCUGCCUGCCCAGACUUUCCUGUGCUCAAUGGGUGAAAAAUAAAGUCUGUGUAAACUGCU